UAAAAUAUUUUUCCCUUACAGAUAUUUAAAAAAAAAAGAUUCUAUAGUACUGCUUUUUUAGUAUUGUUUCUACUAUAAAUUAACCAUCUCCUCAAGCAACACUCUUCACACAUCAAAGCAUCACACACACACACAAACACACACUUUCUCUUCUUCUUUUGAUCUUUUCCUCUUUUCUACACAUUCAAAUGGCCACCGCUGAUGUUGAACAAGUGACUCCAGCCGCAGCUGAGCACGUCGAGAUGACACCACCAAAGACAGUGGAGCCUGAGGAAACCGUCGCCGCCGUUGUGACCGAGUCUGCUCCAGCUCCGGUAACAGAAACUGAAGCUCCCGUGGAAGAAACAGAGAAACAAACCGAAGAAGCAGAGGAAACCAAGAAGGAGGAAGACGCUCCCGUCGAAGUAACCACUAAAGACCUCCCAGUGGAAGAACCAGAGGAAACCAAAACAGAAACUGAAGAGAUCAAGAAAGAGGAAGAAGCUCCCGUGGAAGUAACCACUAAAGACCUCCCUGUCGAAGAAACAGAGGAAACCAAGACAGAGACGGAGGAGAUCAAGAAAGAGGAAGAAGCUCCGGUGGUUGUGGAGGAAGAGAGCAAAGCAGAGGAAGUCGUAGAGCCCAAGAAAGUGGAGGAGGAAGAAGUGAAGACAGAGGAGACUCCAGCAGUUGUGGAGGAAGAGAAGAAGGCAGAAGCAGAGGAGGAGAAACCCACUGAAGUAGCAGCCGUGGAAGCCGCCGUGGUUCCAGCAGAAGUUGCCGUGGAGAAGGCUGAUGAGUAAAUCUGAAAAGAAAGAAGUAGACACUAUUCGCUACUUUAUAAGUACGUUUUGCGUCUUUGCGUUGUUGUUCUGAGUCUGUCACUCUUGGUGGCCCCUUUUGCAUCAUCACCCACCCUCUCUUUAUUCCCUUUCAAUGUUUAAUAUUAUGAAUCCUCUUUAAAUAAACGAAACUCAUCUCUUGCUCA